CCGUGCUCUGUUUGCGCUGGACUUUAUUCACGCUAAAAAGGACUGCUACUACCCCAAGAACAUCCACACUUUGUAAAACCACCGAGCCGAGAUGAGUGCAGCCUCCACACCUGUGUCCCGAGUGCGUCAGGGAUGGUCGUCAAACUCUCUGAAAAACAAGGGCUUGUCUCCUGCAGCUGCAAGUACCCCGCUGCUGACUGCAUUUCCAGGGAACGAUGAUGAGAAAGAAAGGCGUCAGCGGAGAAGGUCAAGGGUCAUUGACCUCCAAACUGCCCCAGAGACCUCUUUCAAUGAAUCUGGUACUCAUAGUGCCGCGGGGACUCCUGCAGCUGUGCCUAAGCUGUACGCACAGAUCUCAGAGCACUACUCCACUUGUAUCAAACUUUCCACUGAGAAUAAAAUAACAACCAAAAAUGCCUUUUGCCUCCAUCUGAUCGAUUAUAUGGCUGAUAUACUCAAGCAGAAGGACUCUGAGCUCACAAAUUUCAAGCAGGCAGGUACUCUGGAUGCCAGCAGCAAGAUCUAUGCGGUUCGUGUGGAUGCAGUUCAUGCUGAUGCUUACAGAGUCCUGGGUGGUCUAGGAGGGGAGACUAAACCUGGAGAGGGUAUGAAAGAGCAGAUGAAGGAAGGGGAUGACGAGGCUGCUACGCUGAACUGACUGCAAAAACAAAUGAAAAAGAAAAGACCUCCAAAGAAAACAGUGGAGCAGAAUUUAAGCAACAUCAACACUGCAGAGUCAGAGCGAAAGUGUGAGGUGGAUCCCAUGUUUCAGAAGAUGGCCUCGUCCUUUGAUGAGAGCAGCACAGCCGGAGUGUUCCUCUCUGUGUUGUUCAGUGAGAGCAAUCGCUGUGAGCUCUUGUUCCCUUCACAUAUGACUCUGCUCCAGUCCAAACCCUGCUACUCCCCUCCACCUCCCCAGUCUGUGCCUGCAUCACCUUUCAUGGCGGGGCUCCAGCGUUCACAGGAGAAAAGCGCCAUUUGUCCCUCGCUCCAGGAUUUCUCUUUCACAAGUUGGAACCCUGAGCAGACCAUGAAUCAGCUUUUGGAGAAGAUGAAGCAGGGGGAACAUGUUUUUGAUGUGAAUGCUGAACCAGUGCCCGAGCCUGAGGAUGACAACUGUCCCGACUUCGACGCAGAUUAUGAGGAGGGACAAGGUGACUAUGACGAUGGGCCGAAGGAGCACAAGGACGGCUGUGAGGCAUCUGGGUCUGGGAGAGGGAGAGACGUAAUUCCAAUUGGAGAGGUUGACAUCACCACCAUGUGUCUGCAGCUGUCCUCUCAGCCUAGAGACUAUUCCUACUUCAGCCCCAGGACCAUGGCCACGUGGGCUGGACCUGGAUACUGGCAGUUCAAACCAAAGCACAAGUUGGAUCAUAUGCCUGAUAAAGAGAAGCCCAAAAGGAAACCCAAGAAAGCGUUUGAGAUAGAUUUCAGUGAUGACGUCAACUUUGACACAUAUUUCCGCACAACUAGGGCUGCCACCACAAUCAGUAAAUCAACGCUCACCACAUGCACGAAGAAAACCACUCUGCCAGCAGACUUCCAGUUCCCCCCAGAGACACUGUCCCAGCUCAGCCUCAAGCCCUCCAGCUCUUUACAUCAAGAAGCACAAAAGAGGCUAUCUGGUGAACUUGGAGAAGGUAUCGGAGAUUACGACUAUAACAACGCAAACGACACAGUCAACUUCUGUCCUGGUCUUCAGGGGGGAGACAGCGAUGAUGAUGCCGAGGGGUUCACAGGUUCAGACGACACACAACCGUCAGUGGACGACUUACCUCCUCCAUCGCAAGACUUGGGCAAUGUAUCUACAUAUGGUGAAGAUGAUCUGGUCCCUGAACCAUAUCGGGUAAACAAAAUUGAAAUAAAGUAUGAUAAAACUGCCAAGAAAAUGGAUAUGAAGAGACUAAAGAACAGCAUGUGGACACUUCUGACAGAAAGCCCAGAGAAAUCCAAGGAGGAGGUGGAGACUGUGGAGAAACCAGAGGUGUGCGGAGAGAAGGCAUUCAGCCAAACCACAAAGUCCCUGCUUCAAAGAUUACCAAACACAAUGGCUCAGAACCUGUCUGUGCCCCUGGCGUUUGUGGCUCUUCUUCAUCUUGCAAAUGAAAAGAAUCUGGAGCUUGUAAAGGUAGACGACAUGUCAGACAUAAUCAUCAGACAAGGCUGUUGAACUAAAAACAUGAACUCUUUUUAUUCUAUACUUUCCACUAUGUACUUUGUAACAUAUAGAUGUGUCUCUUUUCCACUUGAUUUUAUUCUUGUAUUGUAACUUUGUAGUUCAUGUGAAAAAGCAAGAGAUGUCAGUUUCCUAGUAAACAUCAAAUUGUUUUAAAAAUGUUAUCUACCACUGCAUUACCAGUUGUAGAGUAUUUUACCCUUUUACUAUCGCACAAAA